AUGGCCACCAUCACUAUCAAUGGCAACACACUCGAUCCGGAAGACACCGCAAAUGUGUCCAAGGAUGCUAAGGACUUCAACUUUAUUUACGUCCAAGGCCACAACGACCUGCAAGCUGAAGAAAAACAGAAGCUGGCUGAGCUGAAAGUCGAGAUCCAAGAGUAUGUGGCAGAGUACACAUACCUGUGCCGCUACAAGCCUGAAGACCUAGAAGAGAUACGAAAGCUCUCCUUUGUUAGGACCGCCAACGUCUACCAUCCAGAGCUCAAGAGUACCAUCACCCUGAAACAGUUGGUUGAGGGCCAAGAGGAUCAGACAGAAUACGAGGUUGAUGUCAUUCUCCAUGACCGGCCCAACAUCAGUACGGCCGAGUUGGCGUCAUACGUUGCCGAAAAGGCCGAGGUUGACAUCAACGAGCUGGAAAUUGGCUCCAAGAAGAUUAGGCUCACGCUCCACCAGGACAGACUUGACGACGUGGCCAGCCUUGAUAGUGUCAACAGGAUCGAGGAAGUGCGACCCAAAACCGUCUACAACAACCAUGCUCGUGAGAUCCUGAGGGCCGAUGACAUAACCACGGCCUCCAGAUAUACCGGCGCUGGCCAGAUCAUCUGUGUGGCCGACACGGGCUUUGACCAGGGCAAAGCCGAUCAUGACAAAGUUCACCCAGCCUUUGUGGGCCGGGUAAAGCAUCUCAAAUCCUGGUGGCUUCCAGAUGAUGCCAAAGAUCCUGAUGGUCAUGGGACUCACGUUUGUGGGUCCAUCUCCGGGAGCGGCAUCUACACAGCUACUUCAAGCAAAGGCGAGGCCCUUCAUAUCAGAGGAACUGCCCCUGGCGCACUCUUGAUGGUUCAGGCCAUGUCGAAAUGGAGCCCCGGUUGGAAGAAGUGGAUCCUCAAGCCGCCCAUGGAGAUAGACAACCUUUUCGUCGAGGCAUACCAACAAGGCGUCCGGAUUCACAACAACUCAUGGGGUGACACGUGGGAUAAGGUGGCAGGCCAGCGUGACUACAACGACGACGCAACCGCCGUCGACAAGUUUGUCCACCAACACCAAGACUUUGUUGUGCUCAUUGCUGCAGGCAAUGACGCCGAGGAGGAGAACCACGGGGAGAGUCAGAUUGGCGACAAUGGCGCCGCCAAGAACUGCAUCACCGUUGGUGCCACUGGCUCAACACGAGCCAACGAUUCUUUCAAGUACAAGGUCGAGUCUCCAGGGCAUUUGAGGCCCACUGAUACAGCCCAUUUUAGCAGCAGAGGCCCUACAAAGUGUUCCAAGAAUUGCAAGUGCGAAGAUGUCAUUGGUCGCAUCAAACCAGACGUCGUAGCGCCAGGCGUUGCCAUACUCUCGGCGGGAUCACGCUCGACUACAGCCAACCAACGAUCUCUAUUCAAGAGACGUUUUGGAAAUUCGCAGGACGAGGACUGGUUCUUCAUGUCUGGUACCAGCAUGGCCACACCCUUGGUAGCUGGCUGCGUGGCGCUCAUGCGCGAAGCGUUACAGAAGAUGGGGAAGCAUCAUCCCAGCGCGGCGUUGAUCAAGGCGUUGCUGGUCAACGGAGCUGUCAACCACUCUAGCCCCAAAGGACCCGGCUUUGACUACGAGCAAGGCUUUGGGUUGGUUGACGUCGACACGUCCAUUAACAUGAUUGAGAAAGAAACGUUUGUUGACGGUGGAAACAAGCUCGAGAAGAACAAAUGGGACGCCCCUUUGCUGAGCAACAUUCAAAAAGAAGAUGGAGAAUGGAAAAGUCAUGAGAUAUCUAUCCCUGGUGGGCGCCAUCGGCUUGCUGUCACGUUGGCAUACCCCGACCCUGCACAUGCCCUUCUGCAGAACAAUGUGAAUCUCAUUGUGCGUGCUGGUGGAGAAGAGAGGCACGGUAAUAUGGGAGCCGAUCAGGGCUUUGACAAAAUCAACAAUGUGGAAAAGGUAAUCUGGGACAACGUGCCUGGUACAACGGCCGUGGUUGUCGUGCGUGAAGCUGGCUUUACCAAGCUGAAUUCAGAACAGUCAUUCGCGGUCGCAUGGGAUAUUUCGGUGUUGUAA